AUGGUGAACUACUGGCUGAUGAUCACUGCCGAGUUUGAGAACGUCGCCACUCUCCAGCCUCAGGGCGGUUGCGACGAUCCUUCUUUCACCUAUUUCUUCAAGAUGAAAUGUGGAAGCUGCGGGGAGCUGACAGAUAAGGAAACUUGUGUUGCUUUGGAGAGAUCGGUUCAAAUUCCGGGUAGCAAGGGCACUGCUAAUCUUGUUCAGAAGUGCAAGUUUUGUGAGAGGGAAGGUACUGUGUCCUUGAUCCCGGGGAAAGGUAAACCACUCACCCAGGAACUCAGUGAAGCUGGGAAGUAUACAGGAUUGAUGAUGUUCGAUUGCCGAGGAUACGAGCCUGUGGGAUUUCUCUUUGAGGGUGGAUGGAUGGUUGAAACAGCUGCAGGGACUAAAUUCGAGGACGUUGACUUGUCUGACGGGGAGUUUAUGGAGUACGACGAGAAGGGAAAGUGCUCAGUCAUGAUAUCGAACCUCAAAUCUGGAUUUGUGGUUGCAAAGGGGAAAUGA